AUGUGGUCUGAAACAGUAAUCGAUGUCCAUCCGGUUGUUGCUUCUUUUAUUAAUCAGAAGGUCGGCGUUGUCGAGUCGAACCGUGUCAAGGUUGACGAGCUUUGGUGCUCUCGUCACGUUAUGCAAACUCAAUACACAAUUCAAAUCGUUCGCUGCAAUUCUACAGCAUGCUGUGGACCUUGGUGUUCAAACUACGUUCAUAUCUUUCCAAUUCGAUUCUUACCACCACCCAUGCCCUUCGAAAAAUCAUCUGCAGGAUUAUCUAUUGCUAGUAAUGAUCGUCAGGCAAAUGCAUUCUGCGGUACACUCUGUCAACGCAUUUAA